CACGUCUCACAUCCAGAAAAACCCUCCCCUUUCCUGAAGCAUCUGCAAUGGCCGACGGCGUCGACGACGGAGAGUUCUACCUGCGUUACUACGUUGGACACAAAGGAAAAUUCGGCCACGAGUUCCUCGAAUUCGAGUUCCGUCCCGACGGCAAGCUUCGCUAUGCCAACAACUCCAACUACAAGAACGAUACCAUGAUUCGCAAGGAGAUCUUCCUCACCCCCGCGGUGCUCAAGGAGUGCCGCCGCAUUGUUGCCGAUUCCGAGAUAAUGAAGGAAGAUGACAACAAUUGGCCGGAGCCUGACCGCGUGGGAAGGCAAGAGCUGGAAAUUGUGAUGGGGAAUGAACAUAUCUCUUUCACUACAUCCAAGAUUGGAUCUCUGAUGGACGUUCAGACUAGUAAGGAUCCCGAGGGUUUGAGGAUCUUUUACUAUCUUGUUCAGGACCUUAAAUGUUUUGUCUUCUCGCUUAUCUCACUACAUUUUAAGAUCAAGCCCAUAUGAAGACCAGACAAGAACUUGCUGUUUGCUUCAAGCUCUUAACUAUCUUGAGUGAUUAUUUUCCAGUUCUCAAAAGUUAGGGGAAAGUUAAGUAGCAUUUUAGUAUGCUGUAUUUGGUGGUGUCUAUUACAACUAAUACUCCUAAUUUUCACCCUUAUCAUUAGACUUGUUUUGGAUGUUUGAAGUGAGUGACAUGAUUAUAUAUAUCAUGUUUCUGAUGAUUGAUCUGUGGAAACCAUUUUGCAA